AUGCCUCAGAUCACAAGUUUUAAAACAAAUCUUAUUUUAAAUUUACUGACGAAAAUGAGUAUAUUCUGUUCAGGAUCAUCUGAAUUGUGUGCAUCAUCUCCUUGCCAAAAUGGGGCGACUUGUGUGGAUACGAUGGACGGCUAUGUGUGUCUGUGUUCAAGGGAGGGUGUUCGGUACAUGGGGAAGGACUGCGAAGAGCUAUAUGAUGCAUGUGUGUUUGUUAAAUGUGAAGGGUGUGUGAGCGAACUGGGCACUGAGCACCACACCUGCCCAGGGGACGUAAACGAGUGUGAAAGUGGACCAUGUGUAGGUGCGCUCUCCGAGUGUGUGGAUGAACUUAAUGGCUACAGGUGCCUGUGCCCACCUGGUUUUGGAGGAGAGGACUGCAGUCAUCAAAUCACAGACUGCAUCGAUGAUCCCUGCCUCAACAACGGCACCUGCAAGCGGGUAGUGGAUGGAUUUGAGUGUACUUGUUCAAGUGGUUUUAGUGGUGAGAUCUGCGAAGAAGAUCUGGAUGAGUGUGCGUCACACCCCUGUCAGAACGGCGCCAUUUGUCUGGACGGGGCCAACAUGUAUCACUGCUUCUGUGUACCGGGAUACCAAGGACACAACUGUGAGAUUGACAUCAACGAGUGUGCAUCCCGACCUUGCUGGAACAAUGGGACCUGUAUUAAUGAGAAAGACCGGUACAUUUGUGAAUGCUUUCUGGGAUAUACAGGGGUGAACUGUGAGCUGGAGAUUGAUGAAUGUGAGUCAAACCCCUGUCAAAAUGGGGCCUCUUGCCACGACCUAGUUAGGCUGUACACCUGUGACUGUGUUCAGGGAUUUGAAGGUCCCGACUGUGAGAUCAAUAUCGAUGAUUGUGAGAGUGAUCCAUGCCAGAAUGGAGGAGUCUGCCAUGAUCUCAUCGACAGUUAUGAGUGUCAGUGUGAAGGCACUGGAUUUAUGGGAGACCACUGUGAGGAGGAUAUUCCUGAAUGUGCAUCAGAUCCAUGCCAACACGGAGCAACUUGUCUGGAGGGCAUUAAUCAUUACAGCUGUACCUGUUGGCCAGGUUUUGAGGGCAACAACUGUGAAUUGGAUAUAGAUGAAUGUGCUGAUGCUCCCUGUGAGAAUGAUGGCAAAUGCUUUGAGAAGUCAAAUCCAGAUCACUGGGUAACAGACUGGAAGUUCACCUAUGCAACAGUCGCUGGUUACAUCUGCCAGUGCCAACCAGGAUAUACAGGAGAGAACUGUUCAGUAGACAUAAACGAGUGUGAGUCUAAGCCGUGUCACAACGGAGGAAGCUGUGAGGACAUGGUAAAUGGAUACAUGUGUUUGUGCGCGGAGGGGUUCGCAGGUUUGGAGUGUGAGGUCAAUAUAGACGAGUGUGAGAGCGCCCCCUGCCUGAACGGAGGUGUAUGUGAAGAUGGAAUUGCUAAAUACAAGUGCCACUGUGCAGAAGCCAAAGAAGGACUCCUGCCCUGGGGUGGACCCCAGUGCAGCGUGCAACUGCUUGGUUGCAUUGAGCACGUAUGCCAAAAUGGCGCCACCUGCCAGCCACGGUUUGACAGAGAGGCACAUGGACACACCUGUCUUUGCCCACCUGGUUUCUACGAUGAUGUCUGCUCUACACCCACCACAUUCUCUUUCUCCUCACCAAGUUUCUUCUUGUUUGAAGUGCCACCACUUCGCAGAAGGAGAGACACGGAACACUGGCGCACCCUGAAGGUCAGUCUGCGCUUUCGCACCACACUGCCUGAUAUGCUGCUGUUCUUUCGUGGAAGUACUGAACUCUUUGUGUGCCUGGAGAUUGUUGGGGGUGAGCUGCAUACCAGGGCAGUGUCAGGGACUGGGGAAUCACUGGAGGAACAAUUGCCAGGCCUUGUAAGUGAUGGGGAUUGGCAUGAGGCUACUGUGAGCAUUGAUGAACAGGCUAAAAAGCUUGUGCUACAAGUUAAAGGUCCAGGAUGUGACAACCAAGCAUGCAGAGCUGAAGACAAGCUACCAGAUGACCAUGGACCAUUCCUGCACCAUGAAGGACUUACAAAGGUAUAUGUGGGUGGAGUACCAGAGGAGUAUCUGGAGUUUACCUUGACUGGCCAUGGCUUUUUGGGCUGUAUGGAGGACCUACAGGUGGAUGGUCAUCCUGUCCUGCCCCAUGAUCUGGGUGAUGAGGAAGUGAGUAUAGAGGUGGGCUGUAUGAAGACAGAAUGGUGCCAGGUGGACCAACACCCCUGUUCUCAACAUGGGCAUUGCAUCGACCUCUGGACGAGCUACCAAUGUGACUGCUACAGACCACAUCAUGGGCACGACUGCAGCCAAGAGUACCCCUCAUAUACAUUCAGUCACAGGGACUCCACAAGCUUUCUUGCAUUUGAGCUGCUGUCUGAUAUCGGCAAGAACUUCACUGUGUCAUUCUUCCUGCGAUCACUCAAGAUGAGUGGAAUGUUACUUCAGUUACGUAGGGCAGGGCUUCAGGGCACAGAAGGGGAGGAUCCUUACUUUACCAUCUUCCUGAAAAUGGGACGAGUGCAUGUGACCUCUGUGGCUGAGGCACCUGUUUUAUCAUCACCAGUUUUUGUCUGUAAUGGAGAAAAACUACUGCUGCAUGUAGACGUACAAGAAGGCCAGGUGUUCUUCAAUCACGGAGGGUUGCGCUAUGGACUUGGCUCACUGCCUGAACUGGAAGUUUUGGGUGGAGACCUGGUGUAUGUGGGUGGGGUCCCAGGUGAAGAGGAUGUAACUGAGUGGGGGGGUCACUUUAAGGGCUGCUUGCAGGAUCUGAGACUAGAUGAUGUGUAUCUGGAUGGGGAAACAUGGAAUGAAACCCUUAGAGAGACUGUUUAUAUCUCCAGUGAUGCAGAAAAUGUACGACCUGGAUGUGUCAGUGAUGACACAUGCAAGGUGCAGCCCUGCUUGAAUGGUGGUGAAUGUACAGUCACAUGGAAUGACUUUACAUGUUCCUGUACACGAGAUUUCACUGGAAAAACGUGUGAAACCAGAGUUUGGUGUGUGAGCGACCCAUGUGUGAAUGGCGGGCGCUGCGUGGAUCUGUUCGAUGGUUUUGAGUGUAUUGCUAAUGCAACUUUCGACAACACUCCGCUUCACUACAGUGCAAAAGGAUCUCUAGUUGCCCCAGUUGAAAAUGUUACUAUGGAACUGCGAACGAGGCAGGUAAACGGUGUUCUACUGCGCGCGUGGAGAGGGGCUGAGCUUUUCCUGAUUGGCCUGUUGGACUCAAGCAUUUUGGUGGAGCUUCAUAACGAGAACAUGGAACCAGUGAUCUUCUCUGGGCAGAGACACAUUGCCGAUGGCAACUGGCAUCACCUGCUGGUUGCCAUGGCCCAGCCAGACCGCGAUACAUCGCCGUGGGUCAUUUUGGUGGACGGCAUCAUUGAUGGCAGCAGUGCCCCGUUGCUAGCUGGUAGUCUGCAUUUUCUUAAAGACAGAUCAAGUGAGGUGGCAUUGGCAGAGAUAUAUACAGGAUGUUUAGGCACUGUGAGAGUGGGCGGGGUCAACAUUCCAUUUGUAGACAACGUCAAACCACCACAAACAUCACGGUUUUGGCGCCGACAGGACGAGCGUGUGCACAUAGGGUGCUUUGGAGCUCCGGUAUGCCACUCUCAUCCCUGCAGGCAUGGUGGCACUUGUGUAGAUCUCUUCAAUAUGUUUGGAUGCCAGUGCCCAUCUGGCUGGGAAGGGGCCACCUGUGAGAAGGAAACAGAUGAGUGUGCUUCGGAACCCUGUGUCCAUGGCAAGUGCAAGGACAAGUUGAAUGGGUUUGACUGCAUGUGUCACCUAGGCUAUACUGGACCGACAUGCUCAGAAAAUGUAGACGACUGCAAAAGGUCACAAUGUAAGAACGGAGGAACCUGCAUGGACGGAGUUAACGACUACACCUGUUACUGUCCACCAAAGUACAGCGGAACACGUUGCCAGUUUAACUACCCUCCUCUAAAGUGUGAGCUGGACGUAGAGUGUGAAAAUGAUGGCGUUUGUCGUGACACUCAAUGGGGGGCAAACUGUACCUGCUCUCCAGGAUUCACAGGAGAGAGAUGUGAGAGCGAAAUUGACGAGUGUGCAUCUAGUCCAUGUCUAAAUGGUGGAUCGUGUCUGGAUCGGCUGAACCGGUUUCAGUGUUUGUGUCCAGCAGGAUUCAGUGGCCAGUUCUGCGAAACAAAUAAACAGGCUCAGAAAGAUCGUAUACCAUGGCUGGUAAUUGUAGUUCCAUUGGUGUGUGGCUGUGUGCUCUUGGCGGCGAUCGGUCUAAUGUUUAUGUUGAUGACAGCACGCAGGAAGCGGCAGUCAGAAGGAAUGUAUUCCCCAAGCCAACAGGAAGUUGCUGGUGCACGCCUGGAGAUGGACAGUAUGCUCAAAGUACCUCCUGAAGAGCGUCUAAUCUGACAUGAACACACAAACAGAUGCAUAGACCCUAGUAUUAUCUCUGUGUGACUUUGUGGAAUGACACUGGAACUUUCUGAGACCAUUAAGUAUUAUGGAGCCAAAGUGAGACACAAGUGCUACAUCAUACAUACAAAAAUACUACAGCAGCCUGAAGGUGCGAAAUAUCAGUGAAAGAAGAAAUAUUCAAUGGUAAACUUGAAAUCAUUAAAUAAGGCGGAUACUGCAAAUUUUCAAAGUGGAUAAGGGCUUCCCAUUUCUGUUUUCCAUCCUUUAGGUAAAUACAAUAGAACCCAUAUGCUCACACAAGAGUGAAGGAUGUAGACCUAUGCCUCUGGACUUGAACCAACAACUGUCUCAAGUCCAAACAGUUGAACUUGGGCUUGAAGUGAUUCUUUACCUCAUUGCUACAGUAUGCCCGAACUGCUUUGUCAUGGUAUUAUCCCUAGGAAAUAGGGGUGAAGCUUACUUUAAAGUCGGCCUGGGGAAUUCUAAAUCUUCACAUAUCUAUGUUCUAGCAUUUUCCUUUUUCACGCUCUCAUUUCAGAACACUCAACUUCAAUACCUGGAUUACAGUAACUCCAAACAUUCAGCUCUCACUCUCAGCUCUUAUGCUGUAUUCCAUUAAACUUGGAAACUCAGAAUUUCCAACUUCCUACUUGGAAAAGAGCAAUAACAUGCCUCCUGAACUUGGACUUCCAACUUGGAAACUCAUGUAGAAAUCUAUAACUCAGAUUCCGCCAAGAUGUGGAUGUAUGACUUCACUUGAAUAUAGCAGUACAAGAUACACCGAUCAGCCACAACAUUAAAACCACGUGCCUAAUAUCGUGC